UGGCGGCAUAUUGCUGCUCGGCCUGCUCCGACGUUUAUCAACAAGUUGGUCGGCAAAGUUCGGAAACUCUUCGUCGAUCUUCGCGUACGGUAGGUGGGGAGCGGAAAUGCCGGAAAUAUUAAAUAUUUUGGUUUCAAAUUCACAACGACUGUACUACUUUUCCGCGGCCGUCGCCUUUCCUAGAUCACGCGCAUUUAGAUGUAUAUAAAACUAAUAAAAUUACAAUAAAUAAUAAUAUUUAGGUUAUUCCAAUUUAAAAUAUACCAUUAAUUUUUGUUUAUAAAUAGGUAAUUAAUAAAUAAAGUAUUUUGUAAUUUUUUAUACAACAUAAAUACCUGUUUAUAAAUUUAUAAUUAAUACACAAUGGCCAAUGUUAAUAUAAUUACGAAUUGCGAUUGACGGUUACGACUCAAUAACUACUCACCACUCCUGGUAUACUAUAUGAUUCAAAAUCUCAAACUUCAAAUAUGUAUGAUUUCACUGGUUCCAGUAACGACUUAGAUCGUCAAAUCGAACAGCUUAGGCAAUGCGAAAUCCUCACGGAACACGACGUGAAAGUAUUAUGCUCUAAAGCACGUGAAAUACUCAUUGAAGAGAGCAACGUGCAACGCGUUGACUCGCCCGUCACGGUAUGCGGAGAUAUUCAUGGACAGUUCUAUGACCUAAAAAAAUUGUUUAAUGUAGGUGGUGAUAUUCCUGAAAGAAAUUAUUUAUUUAUGGGUGAUUUUGUUGAUCGAGGAUUUUUCAGUGUUGAGACAUUUUUACUUCUACUUGCUUUAAAAGUAAGAUAUCCGGAUCGUAUAACAUUAAUUCGCGGUAACCAUGAAUCGCGACAAAUUACCCAAGUUUAUGGAUUUUAUGAUGAAUGCUUACGAAAAUACAAUAGUGUUGCUGUCUGGCGUUACUGCACUGAUAUUUUUGAUUAUAUGAGUUUAUCUGCUAUUAUUGAUGGAAAAAUAUUCUGUGUACAUGGUGGUUUGUCACCUUCAAUACAAACUUUGGAUCAAAUUAGAACAAUUGAUAGAAAACAGGAAGUUCCUCAUGAUGGACCGAUGUGUGAUUUAUUAUGGUCUGAUCCUGAAAAUACUCUGCAGGGAUGGGGAGUAAGUCCUCGAGGUGCUGGAUAUCUAUUUGGUUCAGAUAUUGUUUCUCAAUUUAAUACAACAAAUGAUCUAGAUAUUAUUUGCCGAGCUCACCAAUUAGUAAUGGAAGGUUAUAAAUGGCAUUUUGAUGAAACUGUCCUUACUGUUUGGUCAGCACCUAAUUAUUGUUAUCGUUGUGGUAAUAUUGCGGCAAUAUUAAAACUUAAUGAAACACUACAAAGAGAUUUUAUAAUGUUUGAAGCAGCUAUACAAGUGAGACGUGAAAUGCCAACAAAAAAACAUACAGCUGACUAUUUCCUAUAAAUAUUAUGUAGUUUUUGAUAUAUUUAAUUAUAAUUUUUAAAUCACAAUAGAGAAAAUGAAUAAUAUCUUAACUCUUAAUUUCAUUUUAUUUAUAAGAAUUAUGACAAUAUUAUGAAUUAUUGUUUAUUUUCAUUAUAUUUAAGCUACAUAAGUCUUAUUUUUUUACACAUACUUAGUACAGGAGUAAAUAGAUUUAUACAUUAUUAUUAGAAAUUAAUAUGAGGCUGAACAGUAAUUUAAUAUAGUAUUUAAAUAAAAAUUUAUAAUUUGAUUUUUUUUAUCCAUUAUUAUUAAAAUGUAUACACCUACAUAAUAUGAGCUUUAGGUAUAAAUAAUAAAUAACACGAAGUACCUACUUAACGACAUUAUAAAGUGUUACAUUAAUAUCUAAAAUGUAUUGUUGUGUGUUGAAGUACUUGGAUACUUUAAGUUAAUGAGCAAAGCAAUAUCAAAUUGUAAAUCCAGGUAUUAUAUUGCGUAAGCGUAAUACAAGUUUUUUUCUCUA